UACACCCUGACUAAGGUGGAUCCCCCUGCUUACACCGGUCUUUUCUCCAUGACAGGUCCCUAGCCCUCCUUUUCCUCCCCUGCGCUCCGAUUGCGACCUCUCGCGGUUCGCCUCGCUUCCCCGUCAACAUGUCCUACUACGAGCCUCAGGGCUGGCAGGCCCCGGCUGCCUCCUCCACCCGCCAGGUCUCGUGGGAGCAGCCCGUGCCCCCGUCGCGAUCCGGUUCCAGCUCGGUCUCUCAGCGCGAGGAUAUCCCGGCGUUCUCCUCCCAGUUUGACGAGGUCGACCGCGCCAUCGAUAACCUCGUCAAGAGUGGAAAGCUGUGGAGUGCUCCCCGACGGGACUCCAUGCCCAUGAUGAUGGGCCGUCAGUUUCCCGAAUACGACCCCCGUUCCAUGAACUCGAUGCCUCCCCGUCAUCACUCCAUCAGUGACUUCGAAGCAUCCCGCAUGCACCCUACCCCCAGCGCGCAGGGCUUUUACGCCUCCCAGCGAUUCCAGGGUCGCCAGGGUGAAGUGGAACACGUGAUGCAAGCAAAGCGUCGGAUGGCGGCACAGCGUGAGAGGGAGCUCCGCAACUAUCAUCAGGAGCAACAGUACAACCGAAGCCUGCUUGCCGAAAUGUCUGGAAACAAGUCCGAUCGCUCCGUCAGUCCCGCCGCCGUCAGCGAGGACAGCCGCCGUGACCUCCUCGCUCGUCAGCAUAGGGCCCUGUACGGCAACGAAAGCCCCGCCUUCUUCCCGCCCGGUACCUUCGCCGACGACGCCGCUGGCCCGGACUCCCCGGCCGGUGGCACCCCGUCGUCGGCCUCCGGCGUCCGGGGUCCCUCGCCCCGCAGUAUGGACCUGUUCGGGGUCGCCGCCCAGCCCCCCGUCGCGGGCGGUCCCGACGGCAGUAUCGCCCCGGUGGCCCCGGGCGCGUCCCUCCAAUCCCCGUCCCGUGCCAACAGCACCUCGUCCCCCAGCUCCGGCGUCAACCCCAUCUUUGGCGCCGAGCCGCCGGUGACCUCGACCGCGUCGCCCGUCGGUGCCGAUUCGCCCUCGUCCGCGCGGUCGCAGCCCCCGUCUCAGCCGAUCACUGGUCCCAUCGGCUCCGUCGGCCCCAUCGGCUCCCGCCCCGUGCAGCAGCCCGUGCAGGCGCCCCACCCGUCCCUGAACAAGCGCUCCACCACUCCCCUCCCGUCCCCCCUGGGCUUUGGCUUCACCGCCGGUGAUGCUGCGGCCCCUCGGUCCUCCAACGACCGCUCGGCCUCGUCGUCGUCCAAUCCCACGGCCGCCCCGGGCGUCAAGGAAGCGACCGGUGGUGUGGCCCUCGGUGGCUGGGGCAACGGCAGCGGAGUGUGGGGGUCCAAGACCGGACUGGGCGUGCAGGCGUCCGUCUGGGGUUGAACACGCACUUCACCCUGAAGAAAAUGAAUGAAAGGGGAGGGAAAUUGAAAAAGAUGAAAAAGAAAGAUGAUCGUUUCCCCGCACGGCGUUCCGAGAGAGGGUUUUGAUUUUGUGAUUCAACAUUGGGAACGAACACGGUACAUAUGGGAAGAAAGUCGAGCACGGAUUCGUUUUGUUCUAGCGACCGGGGGCGUGGAGCAAGUUAAUCGGUAACGUACACGGAUGGCCUGGAGAUAUUCAGCGGGCCUGUUGGGGUUCUGGAGUCGGUAAUUACCGCAUGUUUUUCUUUCCUCUUGGUGUUUCGAUGCAUAUGCCCUUUUGUUUAUCCCUCUCUUCUCUGUUUUGUCUGAUUUGCGGGCCUGCACGGCCGGUCUGAUCUGGGGGUUUGGGGAUACCUGUGUUUACCAUGUUUAUGUAUGUGAGGGUACGGUCCGUCUCCAGGAGCUCGAGCGUGUUUGCAGGUUGCAGUU